AGUCGUGAAUUAAAGACGCAACGAGUACCUAAACAUAUUUAUAGUAACUGAUGUUAGCAUUUAAAAAUUGUGUUGGGUGACAAUUUGAUCAGAUUUUAAAACCCCCGCUGGGGUUUGGGACAGAAUCAUAAAUCGCCCUUCACUAAAAUUCUGUAAAACUUCUCACAGUUAUCGUGAAAGUGUCCUGUUUUAUUUAAAAUUUUUUAAGACGACGCGUUUAAAUUAUGCCAGAUGCAUUUGGUUAAGUGCCGCAUCAGAAAUGGAUUUGAUUACGUAUAUAGUAUUGACGGUUACUCUAGCGUCGUCAUCUGGAAUAAAUCCAAAUGAAGAUCGUCAAGUAGGUGUGACAACCCAUCCAACAUGGGAAUCGCCAUACAAUGACCAAAAUGGUCAAGAUGAUGACGAUACCCACGACAUUGUGGACAAAGCAACUGAUGGUUUACCAGAAGAACGACCACCGCAGUUUACAAACCCAAAAAAGAUGUAUCCGACGCAGGUAAAACCAGCUGGAAAUAUGAUAAGUUUAAAAUGUAAAGCGACCGGAUAUCCUGUACCUACAAUAACUUGGAAGAUUAACGAUAAAGAGCCUAAAAGACAUUUGGGAAGUAUAAAGUAUGGUCCGUGGUCGUUGACUUUGGAAGAUUUAGUUACUGGUGAUACGGGAACCUAUACGUGCAACGUUUGUAAUAAAUUGGGAUGUAUUUCUCAUAAUUAUACCGUAGAAGUAAUUGAACGUUAUCCAUCCAAACCAUACAUUAAAGAUGGCUAUCCACAAAAUGCUACGGUUUUAGUGCAAAAUAAUGCUACUUUGGAAUGUCCACAACUAAUUGCUGAUCUUGAGCCGUAUUUACAGUGGAUAAGGCCAAGCAGCUUUCCACCGGAAUUUAUUAAUAAUGAGACUGUAAAUGGAACCGUUCUGCAGACAAGCGCGGAUAUGCAGAAUCCAGAAUUACUCCAAUUGUACCACGUUACAUAUGAAGACGAAGGGUGGUACACAUGCGUAGCUGCAAACAGCUUAGGGGUGAAUAGCGCUAGUGCGUACUUGCGCGUUGUGGACGAGUUUGAGGAUGAUACACCACCCCCAUCCUUGUUGGUGUUGGGUCUAGCUGCGCUCGUUACUCUCUUUACCGUUCUCGGCGUAAUUGUAGUACUCGUUAUAUUACGAAAGUUAAAGCAGGAGAAAAUGAAAAAACUCCUGGCGAUUGAAACAGCACGAGCGGCUGUUGUCACCCAAUGGACCAAAAAAGUAAUAGUGGAGAAAUUUCAAAAUAAUUCGUCCAGCGCAGUGGAACCUCUGUUGAUGCCUGUUGUUAAAAUAGAGAAGCAAAAAACUCAAAGUAAUAAUGGCAACGAUAUUAUAUCAGAGUACGAGUUGCCUAUGGACUCAGAGUGGGAGAUACCAAGGGAGCAUUUGUCACUGGGAAAGACUUUAGGCGAAGGAGCGUUUGGCAAAGUAGUUAAGGCAGAUUCGUUGGGUUUACUUAAACCCGGCCAUAAUUCUAUAGUUGCCGUAAAAAUGCUCAAGGAAGGUCAUACAGACAACGAGAUGAUGGACUUGGUGUCCGAAAUGGAAAUGAUGAAAAUGAUUGGCAAACACAUAAACAUAAUAAACCUACUAGGUUGCUGUACGCAAAAUGGCCCCUUGUAUGUUGUGGUGGAAUACGCACCUCACGGUAAUCUCCGCGAUUUUCUCAGACAGCACAGAUCUUCCUCAGGAUACGAACCAGCCAUUGGAAUAGUUGAGAAAGAGAAGAAAACUUUAACGCAAAAAGAUUUGGUAUCUUUUGCCUACCAAGUGGCAAAAGGUAUGGAAUACUUGGCGUCGAGAAGGUGUAUACAUCGUGAUUUGGCAGCUAGAAAUGUUCUUGUAAGCGAUGACUUUAUUCUCAAAAUUGCCGACUUUGGAUUAGCACGCGAUGUGCACUGUAACGAUUACUACAGAAAAACAACAGAUGGGCGACUGCCUGUGAAAUGGAUGGCUCCCGAAGCACUUUUUCACCGCGUUUACACCACGCAGUCUGAUGUUUGGUCCUAUGGAAUCUUGUUGUGGGAAAUUAUGACACUUGGAGGUACUCCAUAUCCGUCUGUGCCGAGUGUCGAAAAGCUUUUCCAAUUAUUGAGGAAUGGUCACAGAAUGGAAAAACCGGCGUGUUGUUCAUUGGAGAUAUAUUUACUAAUGCGCGACUGCUGGAGUUAUCAACCAAAUGAGCGACCCAUAUUUUCGGAACUGGUUGAAGAUUUAGAUAGGAUUCUUACUAUAACUGCGAAUGAAGAGUAUUUGGAUUUAGGUCUUCCUCAGCUUGACACUCCACCUUCGAGUUUAGAAUCAAGCGGCGAAGAACCUCCUUUUCCAUUUUAAUUAACUAGUCAAUUUAGUCUAAUGGAGAUCGACAAGUCAACCUUGCAAUUCGUAAGUAAGUGUAAUAAUUGACCAUGAUUAUUGUGUGACUGGGUUUUAGAACCAAAAAACAAAAUUGUUAUUGUAAAAAUGUUGAUUUACAUCUUUAGUUAUUUUUGUUGAAAAUUUAAUUUUAGCGGUUCCAUUAGGCUUUAUUUGUUUAAAUUAAGUAAAGCAAAUAUUUUUGUAAUGGAGCACUAUAUUAUAUUAGAUUAAUGUACAAUUACUAAUUACCUAUGCAGCAUUAAACGUUUAUAACUGAAAGUUUUGUAAAAAUAAUUUUUCGUGUAGGUACUAUCUUUUAAUGUAUAUAUAUAAUUCUAGUAUACUUUGUUUUGUUCUGUUUGUGAGACUGUAACAAAGGAAAUGUAUUGGUUCUUAUAGAACAAAAUGUGUUUAAAGUUUCCUUAAGGUACCUAAUUAAUGUAUAAUUGCAUUUGUUGAAACUUAUUAGAUAUUUUAUUAUGGUAAUCUAUAGACACUGUUAUCUUAUGAUCAGAGACGUAUAAGCGGAACAUGAUUGAAAGGUGUCUUAACAAACAGAAGCCCUUUUUUAUUUGCCUUAUUAGGUGGAUAAGUUGCUACAUGUAGUAAACGUAUUAAUUAUUGCAAAAGUAAAAUUGCUCAAUGUUAAGUGUUAUCAGUGUAUAAUUACAACUCAACUAUAAUUAGGUAAGUUAAUGGAUGCUGCGAGAGCUAGCUAAAGUCUUAUAUUUAUAGGAUUUGUUAAAAAAGUAAUUGAAAUCUGCUCCAAUUAUUAGUACUGCAUAAGUAUUAACGUAACUUUCUAUAAAAUCAUUGUAUUCAUAGGGUGUAUUUUUAUACUGUUAUUCUUCAAGUAAAGUUUGCUAAGAAUAUCUCAUCAGUUAUUGCGUAUGUAUCUUUGAUGGGUAACAUAUGGAAAACUUUUUUUAUGUAUUGUAUGGUAAGAUACUACUAAGACUGUGAAUUUUGUAAUAAAUGUAAUACCUAACCA